AUGCGUGAAAAGCAAUCAAGAGCAACUCAACAACGCCAUGAAAGAUUAUUGAAUGAAUUAUGCCAAAUGGAAGAAAAUAGACGAUGUGCGGACUGUUUAGCACCAAGUCCUCGCUGGGCAUCUUAUUCACUCGGAGUAUUUCUAUGUAUUCGUUGCGCUAGCCUUCAUCGAAAGAUGGGCACACAUGUGUCUAGAAUCAAAUCAGUCAGUAUGGAUCAGUGGACAAUGCAGGAGAUACAGAAUAUGAAAGAGAAAGGAGGUAAUGCAAAGGUCAAUAGUCAAAUCAUUUCCAAGGAUCAUCAUUUACCUUUAGAUAUGGAUGACGACUUCAUCAUGGAAAAAUAUAUCCGCGAUAAAUGGGAGAAGAGAAUUUAUGAAGAAAAGAAUCCUCUCACAAUCGAUACACAUCAAGAAGUAUUAUUCCCUACACCAUCUACUAGCAGUACAAACAGUAGUGUCAUGUCAUCACCAAAACAGCUUGCAGGCCGAGUACCAUCGUAUGACACCAAUCCAUUUCUUAACAAACCAAACACAAACCCAUUCUUAAUAAAGUCUUAUAAUCCAUUCUUACAAUAA